AAUUCCCAGUGCAGGAUAAUAGGCUCUAAGGUGGCUGGGGAGAGAGCGAGCGCGCGGGGGGCGAGCCGGAGAGAUCCGCUCUCUCACUCCCAAACUUUGAUGAUGACCAUGACUACGAUGGCUGACGGGCUGGAAGCGCAGGACUCCUCCAAAUCCGCCUUCAUGGAGUUCGGGCAGCAGCAGCCGCCGCAGCAGCAGCCGCCGCCGCCGCCGCAGUCCCACUCCCAGCAGAGCUCGCCGGCUAUGGCAGGCGCCCACUACCCGCUGCACUGCCUGCACUCGGCGGCCGGCUCGCACCCGCACCACCAGCACCACCACCACAGCUCGCCCUACCCCGCCAGCGGCAACUCCUACAACCACCGCUCGCUGGCCGCCUAUCCCUACAUGAGCCACUCGCAGCACAGCCCUUACCUCCAGUCCUACCACAACAGCAGCGCGGCCAGCCAGACGCGGGCGGACGAUGCAGAUCAGCAAAAAACAACAGUGAUUGAAAACGGUGAAAUCAGAUUCAAUGGAAAAGGAAAGAAGAUACGGAAGCCUCGAACCAUUUAUUCGAGUUUACAACUUCAGGCUUUAAAUCAUCGCUUUCAGCAGACUCAGUACCUGGCACUUCCAGAGAGAGCUGAACUGGCAGCUUCCUUAGGACUUACUCAGACACAGGUGAAGAUCUGGUUUCAGAACAAACGCUCCAAAUUUAAGAAGCUGCUAAAGCAGGGCAGCAAUCCUCAUGAGAGCGACCCUCUGCCAGGUUCCGCUGCCCUGUCCCCGCGGUCUCCAGCUCUCCCUCCAGUCUGGGACGUUUCAGCUUCUGCCAAGGGAGUCAGUAUGCCGCCCAACAGCUACAUGCCUGGUUAUUCUCACUGGUAUUCUUCUCCACAUCAAGACACAAUGCAGAGACCACAGAUGAUGUGAAUAGUCCAAGAGAAAUAAUCUAUCAAGAAGCCCUAGUCUCGACAUGGCAAGCAGUCCGCUGUCUUGCCAACGGUGCCAAUUUAACAGGCUCUGUGUGAACUUGUAUGUGUGGCAAGGAGACAAGGUUGGGGUUUUUUUUGUUUUGUUUUGUUUUGUUUUUUUUCUUUUAGUAACCUCAGUGAUUGAUCUGGAACAGAAAGAGACUUUUUUUUCCCAUGCUGGCGCACAUAAGACACUUCUCUUUAGGAUAUUUUAAUUUGGACUCGAAGGAACCAGCCUCGUCGCUUUGGAGUAUACUGUCAAAGCAAACUUUUUACAGACUUUUUCCCACGAGAAGAACCUGAGUAUAUCCGGCAACGUUUUUACUUGUUUAAUGAGCUAAAGAUAUUACUUGAUGAAAGGGAGGCUAUUCAAGCUCCUGCAUUUGUAUUCACCAAACCCAGACUGGAGGGGAGGGGGCGCGAAAGUGCUUGAAAAGGAAAAUAUACUGUACGAUUAAAACAUUACCACGAAGCAAAAACUGCAUGCUUUAUCAAAAUGGAAUGGACAGCAAGCAACCAAGAAGAAACCACUGUCUCUCCCUCAGAUCUCUGCCCCCAACUCCCCCCUCCCAAAGUCCCCUGAAAAUUAACAGGAAAAGGACAAAGGAGGAACCCACCAAAACAACCAUCCUAUGGCUUUGAAAGGUUCAGUACUUGAUUGGUGGUAUUCUCACCAAUUCACUAAGCUAUAGAGGCGUUUAUAUUGAGCAACCUUUCUGUAUAUAUUGCUGAAUUUUAGUUGUAAAUAUACUUUGUAUGUUUUUGUCUUCUUUCAUAUAUAGAGUAAAAGCCACA